UAAUUAAUUAAUUAAUUAAUUUGUUUUUAGUUCUCUUCUAAGCACCGUAGUGAACCUGGUCGUGACAGCAAUGCAAAGCUCCAUCUGCACCUGGCAGACAUGAGCAAAUUAGCCCAUUAAAGAACAGUAUGGAGAAAUUAACUGUUUUUGUUCUCAUGGCAGAUGUCAUCAGCAAUGUUGUGAUGAAGAAUAGUGAUUGCAGCGGUAAUUUAGUACAAGCCUGUAUGAAAAAAAAACGUUCGAGGAUUGAUGCAUAACACAGAGGCAUAAAAAUCGGAUUUUAACAAUUGCUAAAUUGCGCGACAGUAAUCUUCAAUGUAAUGUUCUGUAGCGCUCCCUACUGGAAAAUAAACGCUUUCCCCAAACAUUCCUAGUACGUACUGUAAGUGGAUUGACAUCCUCCGGAGUUAGGCAGAAUCCUCAUAACUUUCAUAUUCGACCGUUUAAUAAUUUAAAAGUAUUAAACAAUUUCUUGAAAUAUAACAAAUAAUCUGCUAUAUAAGAAUUGUGAAUAAUGUGCUUUGUAAUUUGUACCGUUUGUGUCGAAGGAAUUCUGUUCCAGUCCAAAAUGUUUAUUUUAAUUUUUUCGUUUGACAUUUUUGGUGAUAGCUAAGCAUUUUGCCUACCCGGGUGGGGUUUAAAAAUAAUAUUCUCCACUUCUCAAAUGAUCGUUUUAAUCACUGAAAUGCCUACAAUUAAUAAUUUAAAUUAAAAAGUCCGUCUACUCUCUGUACGUAUCGAUUUUCCGGAGACGUCACCAUGUAUGCCGUUCCUAGGGCAACGGCUAAAGGCUUCUGCCCGAGAGGAUCAUGGGAAAAUUGUGUUUCCCAUGAAACGGAGGGAGUUUCGAAUUCUUUCUUAUCGUUCGCUUUGCUCAAAUGUGAUCAUCACUCGAUAAGUGAACUACUAAAGUAACGCGUCGUUCAAGCGAAAACAUAAGUACGACGAAUACGUUAGAAAUACUUGGGCUUCCUUCUCUCCGUACAAUUAGCUAGGUGGCUAAUGCUAUGAGCCGCUACGCGCAGUCGUGAGGGGCAACAAAAUGCGCAAAAAAGAAAUCAGUCGAGCUCGUUUUUGGUAAAACUUGUUGUUAAACGUGCCAAGAAGUGUUACUCAAUUUUCACAGCAUGGCCGAAGCUAUCAGAAUGGCUCAGCGAGGAUGGCAGUGGUGAUGAUAAUGAAGAAGAGGGCGUUUCAUCCAGACCUGGCUGGUCCAUGGUUGAUUAUUCAAAGGAGGCACGUCCAUAAGAUCGUUCUGAUAGCAUCGUUAAACACCGAUUGUGUCUCGCCACAAGCAUGGAGCUAAAGCUGGACGUCGUCUUGUCCUCCAGGAUCAAACGAAAAAAGCCAUGGCCUCGAUUUUGCUGGCUUGGACAGGAGAAGGAAUGCGUCUUCCUGUUCGACGACAAACGGAUCAGCGAGAUCAACAUGGUGUCCGGUCGUACCAAGAAGAAGACCCCAAAACUCCAUCCUUUGCUCAACAAUGUAGUGACGAUGGCACCGUCCCGCAAUGGGAUGUGGUUUUGUGGACUUUUAACCUCGGGUGAGCUCUUUUUAUGGAACAAAGACAACGACUCGUUGAGGACUGCCACAGCGGUCCCUGAAGUCAUUCAAAUAAUUACUGCAAUCCAAGGUAAUUCUACCCGGAUAUCUGUCCACGUAUCAGAUGAUGGGACGCGUGUGCUGUUGGUCACUACACUGGGGCAAACAUUCCUAUGGGAAUGUACAGACAUGGAGGAUUUGACUUUGGUGUGCGAUGGCUCAGUAAAAGGACACUGGGCGCAACUGCAGAUGCCCCAAGACACCUCUCUGCCCACUUUGAAGGAAAAAGAAGCAUCCCAGUCCAGCAUCUUUGUGAGAAGCCAGACUAUGGGUGAUGUCUGCUUAUCGGCGUUUGUAUUCACAUCUGGGAAGAAGCUUAUAAUCACCUGCCUCAAAAUUGAAUGGCUGGAUCAGCAUGUGCACUUUGGCUCUUUGGGAUACAGCAUCCAGUGGGCCACCAAGACGUACCUCAUGUCACGCCUCACCCCACCCUGCCAAGCCGUCAAAUCCAGGGGGGCGUUGGUGGUUGACUUCUCUCCUGACGGACAACUGCUAGCCAUCGCGCUGAACCAGCGGCAGCCCAAGGCUACGCAGGUUCUGUUUGUGAGCACACAAAAUUUUGUCUCUGUGUCAAGCGGUCUUGGAAGAUGUGGAUGUAAAACGGAGCAGGUUCCUCCUAAAUACACAAGGUCAUUCUGGGUAGGCAGUCUAAGUUGGUCACAUGACAGCCUUUUCCUGGCCUGCGUUCUGAAGCGAGGCGCCCUCUUGGUCCUGAGUCGUCUCGGCGGGCUCCUUUCGCUAACCAGCUCCGGUUGCAAUAUCGACUUUGGAGCCGCGCACUUCCUGCCCCUUCACCCACUGGUCACUUACCGACCUCCAACUGGAAGCGCAGAGGCCUACCUGUCCAGCUCUAGUGUGUCGGCGCGAGACGCCAUGAGGCAGCGCUAUUCCGUCACGUGGCACCCGCGCCUCUUGUACUGCAUCGUGUCCGACGGCUACAUGGCCACCGUACUGAGGGUCCUCAACAGGCCUUCUCCCGCAAUGCUGGUGAAAGCUCUGUUGGAUAACACCGGCAAGGACCUUCAGAAGGCCUGCCAGCUUCUGGAUACAUCUCAGAUGUACGUGAGGACGUGUUUGGAGUCCUACCUCGAUCUGGACGGCAAGUCAUUGACCGCGAGUGGGCCUCACCGUGCGGACUCGAUCAUAUCUGCAGCCACGCAGGAUUCCACCUUACCUUUCUUUCUUCAGGACCAGGGCACCUUCAGUGGCACUAAAGAGUUGUUCGAAAGAGUUCAGUCCUUCUUUGAAGAUGACUCCGAUAUCGACGGCCCUCCACCCGGCUCACAGCUGGCGGACAGCGGACACUUGGAGUUUGCUUCCAUGUUCGAUACGCUCCACGCUUUGGACACAGACACUGACCUCAAUCAAGAUCACGAAGAGGACUUUGAGAUAACCAUAAGUCAUCUUCGGCGGGAUCUCAGUAAGAUCCAAAAUGGAAUAUUGACAACGUGGGCUCUCUGCAUGUCUAUGGGAAGUGCAGUGGAAAACCGAGCCCACCUGCUUAAAUGUACCACCUUUCGCGUGGCGCAGCUUGCUGCUCUGUUACACUUGAUGCCAAACGAUGCAGCUCAUUCUGGCAAAAGUGACCACUCUGGUUCUGCUUGCAUCCUGGAGCUCCUCAAAGCGCUUUUCUCAUUCCUCCCGUGGGAUAACACUCACUUGGAUGGGCCUCCUGGCCUGGGGCUGGCGGUGGAGCUUAGUCAGCGGCUGGUCCACCUGCUGCUCGCCCCGCCGCCAGAGUGCCACCCAGCAAGUUGUGUCAAGAGACUAUCCGACGCUGUGCUCAUUCUCCAGCUCGCCUCUGAGGCCCUUGACUGCGCUUACAGCCUGCAGCAAAGAACCAUUUGGUCCUCGGUGGAGAAGGACCCUCCACUCUCUUCUUCAGAUGUCUACCAUGUGCCACAGUUACAGGAUUACAGGGAGCACCGAUGUGACCCUUUUCAUCAGGUUCUGCCUUUACCCCAGCGACCGUCCAACAGACUGUUUGGAGUGUGGCAGUGGGUCUACAAGAUCAGCCAGGAUUAUAAGGAAGGCUUGCGAGGCUUCAAGGACGACGAUGGGUCGGAGGAAGGUGGCGAGGAGCAGUUGUCAAUCAUCAUGUCCAAGAUUCAAACAGCUCUGCAAGCAACCGGAGAGAAAAUAGAAGAGGGUCCCGCACUGCUAAAUCACACAGGUGAAGAACUAUUCCUAUGUGGUCUGUACCAACACAGCACUGAGACGUGGCGGACACAAAUUUGGGAAGAGAGUAAAAAGAGUUGUCGUCGUAGCGCCUUCCAGGAAACGAGACUCUGUCUGGCUCUACUCUACAACUUGUUGUCCCAGUACCAUCUAAAGGAAGCCGUGGAGUUGGGAGAACAUAUGGCCCACUUGGCGCUGCACAACGCUGCUCACCACCAUAAGCAUGCGACUUGCACAACAGCCGACCCCCUCCUGCCGACGAACCUUCACAUCGACGCAGUUGUUGCCGUCAUUCACACUCUAGGGAGGUUUAUGGCUGCUUAUUUUACCAAUCAGCCACUCAACAUCCUGCCUGCGCACCAUGUGGCCGUUCUGCCGCCGUUACAUCUACCUCAUGCCUCAAAUCUAGGACGCCUGGUGCCUCUGUGUCAGGAGACAACGGCUCGAGCAGUUCGCCAGCAGUACAUGUCAGAGAAGUGGACCGUGGACUACGCCGUGGACCUUCUCCUGCUUGGGGGUCUGCUCCCCGAGACGGCGUGGCUGGCGCACAAACUUGGGGACUGGAAGACGUCAGCCUCUGUCAGCCUUGCUUAUGUGUAUUACUGUGCCGGCCACUUGGACAUGACACGGAUCAGCAGACCGGAGCUUCACCUUCCAAAAGCUUUACUCCCCAAUAGCAUUUUUCAGACAGAGUUGCAGUGUCUUGUGGACAAUGAUAGUGGCGAGCACAGCGAUGUCAAUGAUACAAGAUUUACAGAUCCUGUGGAAGCGCAAGACUUGGAUGCGUUGCAGGGGUCCGCCCAGGAGAUCCUAAAAGCAUCCGUCAUCGCUGGUGUUGACGUUUUAACGUCACAAUUGACUUUCUUACUGGAAUCGGCCAAGGACCUGUGCUCAAGCAUGUCUGCUCUAGUCCACAGUGGGCUGUAUUUGCCAUCCCCGCCUCUGUAUUGUCCUCAGCCUUCCCCGAACACUCAGGAUCCUGUGGGGACACCGGGACAGCUCGCAGAAGUGGCAACACGCCACAAAGUGUCCGGCGUUCUUCAGAGGAUCCUGCUCCUCCUCAGGUCUGCUCGAUGUUGCCACCCUGCUGCUCAGUGGUAUGUCGGCAACCUGCGGCGGGCCCGUCACCUACUACACAAGAUCAAGACGAAGUACGCUUACCCAUCCUUCCCCAAAGAAGAAAAGGCUCUCCCAGAGGGCCUGAUGAAGUUUGUCAGCCGUGGUGGAUUCUUCAGGCGGAGCCAUAGCAAAGCUCUACACCCUGAUUGUAGUCAAACUAUUAUCUGUUUUAGGGAGCUGUGUGGUUUAUGUUGGAUGCUUCAUGUCAGGGACCAGCUUUCUGUUGCCUGCAGGAGGUUUCAGGCUGCCAGAAUGCAACAGGACCCUGAUAAUUCACAAGUGCAUUCAUCCUGCAUUAAUGCACUUCUUUGGGCCACUCGCUAUCUGCCUUUCUCUCACUUCCUGAACACAGAGGAAAUCCUGCAGGACCUCCUCCUCAGCCUGUUGGCUGAAUUGCCCCCGAUGGCUUUGGUGGCAGACACCCUGGUACUUGCCUUCCCAGAGAAGGAAGAGUCAGUCAGAGUCUCCCUGAGGGAGAAGUACAACUCACUGCUGGAGGGCUUGAAGCAAUGCAGUGUCUUUGAGGAGGGCAAAGAGCCAGACAGCAAGCCCAUGAAGGCUCUGAUUCAAGAGAAACUCAGGCAGAGGAGAAAGCAUCGAGGGCGCUUGCUGAGGCACCUGGCCCCCCUGGAGCUUUGGCUGUGGGAGAAAGACGAGGACGACAAACGCCAGGCGGCCACUCUGAGGCCAUGCUCAGCAGGCGCAAGUGUGAGCGCCAGCACCGUAACCGACUGCGUUGAUGGAGAAAGAUCGGAGGCCACCUCUGAGGCUGUCUUACCUGAUCCUGACAUCUCAUCCAUAGCCAGGGAGGUAAAAGUGAAAGCAACGGGGACUGCUGUUGCGACUAAGAAGGCGAUUAAGGAUGUAGCGCCACACUCACUUCCAGUCAUUGGUACCUGGGAGUUUGAGCUAGAGGAUGAUGAGUAUCUCACCUUCCUCGAGCUUUUCCUCAGCUACAUGUUGGAGAAAGAGAAUAGCGACGGGGGCGAGCUUCCCUUGCUUAAGUCCUUUCACGCCGCUCUGCGAGACAAGGAGCUGCACUCGCUCACCUUUGACGUGCUCACCACGAUUCACCGCCGCCAAAGAAACGGGCAGGAGCUCCCGGUUUUCAGAGCCGGAUGCUGCCAUAGGCCGGCAAAAGGCGGUACGACCCCCGAGUCACGGACCUCAGCAGCCUUGAACGGUGCUUGUGAAGCCAAAAGCAACUUAUUUGCAUCCCCGCUGUCGGAGCUUCGGACAGAGAGGCAAACGGGUUUGUUUAGUCUUCGAAGUCAGAAGAGAGCCUCCGGUUCUGACGGUAACCAAAAUGCCUUGGCGUUCGCCUCCUCAACCACUGCGGAAGCCAUCGUAGAACUUCAGCAGGUCCCGGAUCCUAAAUUAGAGGCCCGCUUUCCAGUGCUGGGCAGGCUGCUGCAGUGGAUGCUGCGCUGGGCUGACAAGAGGGUGCUCCUUGGGCACACUGGCAAGAAGAAGAAGCCAAAGGGAGAAGGAAUGUGCGAGGAUGGGAUAGUCAUCCGCGUCAAAACUUCUGCGCCAGCGCUGCUCACUUCGCUGAGCCUGCUGGAGCGCAGGUUCAUACAUCUUCUCCGGCCAGGCUGCCCGGAAGCACGAUGGGCCAUCACCCUGUUGCUGCAAUCGGAGGCGGACACGAGACUGGAGAGGCAUAGCACUGUUGAGACCAGCCGCCAUAGAUCAGUUCACACUCCAGUUGCUGGUCUGGAUCACAUCGUAGAUCAAGGAGAACUGUCUAUUUGUUCUCACGUAGACGAACCAGAAGAGUUGAAGUCUGACAGGAUGUCUCUCCCCGAUGAGCCAGAAGAACUCAACUUGACCACUCCGAUCCCGAGCUCAAGAUCGCAGCGACCGUGUUUUGAUGAUUUGGAUGUCACGCCAGAAAAAGAAGGCAAAAGCAGCGAUGACCGCAUGGAGCAUUCGUCGUCUCUCUCAAACGGGAUCAUGUCUGAAAACCUUUUCUCGCCUCAAGCGGUCAAUAUCAAUCUUUCACUCUGGCUAUUACACACUGCGGUUUGCAUUUAUAAACAAAUGUCUGUGUUAUCGUCUUUUCAGAGUUUCAAGCUAGAAGACCUGAUUGAGACGUUCAGCUCAACAUCUGCUCAGGUGGAAAACCAUCCAGUGAUCCGUGCGCCGGAUGGUCCAAUCCCACAAAUUCCUCCGUCCGUCCAGCCUCAGGCAUCGCUUCACACCGAGCUCCCCCAUCCGAGAGCAAAUCUGUACCCCAACACACCGUUAGACCAUGCAGGUUCUCGACCUCACACCUCAACACCUGGCGCACCUGCUCUGGAUCAUUUUGGCCCAGACCAACCACCCUCACUUCAGGCUCCGCCAAUGAGACAGCGUCUGGGUGAAGAUUUGUACCGACUGGUCCAGAACAUCAACUACAUGAGCCUGAUGGAUGUUUUGGGAGCUUCAUUUUCCAAUCUUCAGCUUGCCCAGCAGAAUUCCUAUUUAGCUCAAUCCAAUAUGACCCCCCAUUAUGUGCCUUCACCUUACAUGACCAAUGUGCCACCUCAACAUUAUCCCCAACCUGCGCAAAACCCUUCAGUGUCUCAAUCACAAAUACACGUGCCUGACCAACACUCGAGCAACCCCCCAUAUGCCUACCAGACUCCCACACAUAGCACACACGGACCUCAUCAUGUCAGCAACGUUGCCUAUGCCAGUCAUGACGCAGGAGGAACCUAUCAGGAAUUUACCCCCCUCUCUGUGCAGGCCGAGUCAACAGACAUUCACUUUCAGGAAAGCAUUAGGUUAAUCCCAUCCAGCGAAGGGCUUCUGAUCACCUCAAGCACUAAUACGAUAGCGCCCUCUAUUGGUAGUAUUUAUGCAGAACCGUCCUCUCAAAAAUCGGGCCUCAAGUUACUCCAGCUGCAAGGUGGUAGGAAGAGAGACAAGAAAAGGACAAAAGGCCCGUCUUUGACUCCAAAAAGACUUAUUCGGUUCAGUCACAGUACUCAAACCGAGUCUUCUCCUGCGAGGAGCUUUCGUCCCCAGAAUCCCACGUCUGAUGUGACACAUGGCCUUCGUCUUCUGCACCUGCAGUCUGGUGCACAAGGAUACAUCAAUCUCCCUAAAACACAUUCAACACCUCUUCCCAAGCAUUUCUUUCUCCCUGCAGUGCCGCUGGGUGAAACGCCCAAACUUCAGCUUCUACAUAUAGACCGCAAACCGACAAGGAUGUCCACCCCGGCACCUCGCUCAUCUCAAAAAGCUCGCCUCAUCUCCCUGGAGGAAUUGGCUGGUUUAGUGGCAGGGAGGCGCAACUCGGAAGAAGCUCGGCUGCAGCUGCUCAGAGUCAACGACUCUGCCGAAGCACAGCGAGGGGCUACACCUUCCUCCAGCUCCAGCAAGAGGCAGAAGAGACGAGAAAGGGCACUGAGGACAAAUCUGCCAAAUGAGCAGCCCAUCAUCACCGCACAAGAGCCUAAUGUUGACCAAGAGGAAAUCACCACUCCACGGAAUGCUUCCAUUCAAACCACCAUUCCAAGUCCCUCAGGAUCCAGCCACUCUGUUUCGAAUGGUCGCACAUUAUUAGACAGGACGAGAACGACUUCAGCCGAGCUCCAUGCCUUCGCCUCCACGUGUAAAAGACCCCCAGAGUGCCUCGAUGCUUUCACCAACACGGAGCCAAAAUAUUCUCCCAUGCUUGUGGACAAAGCAGUGUCAGUCCAAGCCUCACUAUUAGCCGCCACUUCUACAGGCAAGUCAAAAGAACACACUCCGGAGAAACUGUACAGAGAGAGCCCUCAAGACGCAAAUGUUAUCCCGCCUUUACAAGAGAGGAAGAAUUUGGAUCAGCGCGGCCGCAACUUCCUGAGCGUCGUAGACAUCGAAGAGGGAACGCAGCAUCGGGAUUUGCCCCCUGCCAGCUCCAGGAUGAAAGAAGCUUCUUCCAUCCCUCCUGUGCUCACGCCUGCUCAGCUUCACAUGCUCGCCACUUCCGGCAUUAAUACUGCUCACCAUGCCGAUCAGAAGAUUCCCACAACUGUCACUGAAACAGACACCCGCAAGAGCACAACCGAGCCCACCAGGGAGCCAGAAAGAGUCUACUCUGAGAAUGUAAACGAUGGGGAGGUUUAUAAAGCCAUUUGGACAAGAAGAAGAGAGAGACCUCACAAUUUGGAACCAGAGAGCCUCUACUCUGAGGAACGACUUGACUCUGAGCUCAUGAUAGCCAUGAAGACACAGAGAAGAGAGAGACCUUCCCACAGUGAAGAUUCAACAGACUCCGAGCUUUCUACAUCCAUCAGGACCCCAAGACUUGACGAACCUCGCAACCAUCCGUCUGAAAUCGCCGCGGUCUGGUUCUCGUCCCACCUCUCCAAACUGGAUUCACAGCUGGCUGCGCUGCAGAACAUCGCCGACUGUCUGGAGAAGGACCUGCCUCAGUCCAGAAUUCCAAAAAAGCCAUACAAGCCACAGCAAGUCUCCCCAGUCUCACCUCCGAAUGUGAAGCCCGCAGUACGAAAAACAGUAAGACUGUUUCUCCCAGCGGAAGAGCCCAAAACACAGCCAAAACACACUCCCAUCAGCGUGAGAAAGCCCAUCAUCGAAACCAGAGCCGCGCCGCCUCCACCUCCACCUGCACCAAAACAUGACAUCCGCCAGGUUGAAGAGGACGAGAAACGAGAUGCGUUCCCAAAUGUCGAUCACAAUCCCGACCGAAAGCUGUUGGCUGCGCACCCGACUUCUUCCUCUCAGCUUUGUCAUGGCCACCAGAGCCUUCCAAAGCAACUGUCAACCGUAACAUUGGAAAGGUUUGACGAGACUCCUGAUGAGAGUCUGGACCACACGGGGUUGUCUGAUACAGCGGAGAUCCUUGAGGGUUUGGUGCGAGAAGGUUAUAUAUCCCAGAAUGACCUGGACGCCUCUUUAUCCAACGCGCUCGACAGCGGGAAAGAGCAGCAAGAACCGAGUCUGCAGAUUUCCCCGGUGCGUGCCGCCCGUGACGAGGACGACGAGAGACGGGAAUUGAAGAUUUGGAUGAGACGCAAGCAGAGGGAGAGACACUCUGUGUAUCAAAAACAAAAAGCCAGCCUGCGCGAGAGGGAGAUCAAACCUUUUACCAGAACACCGAAAUCCACCAGCCAAGUGACCAGCGGGCAAAAGACACAAGAAAAGCAAAAGUCCUUGCUUUUGAAACGAUUCAACCAAAGGCUCCGCGACGCCAGGUUGUUGGCAGAUCAACUUCGCACCAGCCCCUUGCCUGGCUCUCAUAGUUUAGUCAAUGAUGCUACGGCCGUAAGAUCCUCCUCCGCUCUGGCCACAGCUGUCAAUCACAGGAAAGAGAAAAGUCUGAAAUAUCCCUCAGGCCAAACGCACACCCAGCGUCGUCCUUGCACUGCUGAAGCGACUGGAGGACCUUCAGAGGACAGGGGGAGGCCCGAACUCCAGCAAAGGCCAGGGACCUCUCUGUCGAAGGAGCGUCCAGUCACCUCCGCCAGUGACCUCGAGGACCAGCAUAUGACCCAGCAGGGCGUCAAUCUGUUACUGUCUGAAUUAAUAGACGAGGAGGACAGCGGCACCAGAGCGGGUGUGCCAGGUAUGGAGUGGCUAGACAAACUGUCGGAGAGCGGCGGCAGCCUCAGCGAGGUCGACUGGGAGGCUAUCGAGAGGAUGGCGGCCAUGGCACAGACCUGAUUGUCUGCAUCUCAGGCAAAAUUUAACACUGAAAGGAAUUUAUCUGCCUUCUCGAGAAGUUACGAGUCAUCGGUUGGGCACUUGUUGUUUUAAUUUUUAAUUUUUGCUUUGUGUUGCUCGCACAAAUUUUACUUGCACAUCAGCUUCAGCACUAAAUGGCAGCAACAAACACGUCAACAACAUCCAGCCACUGUCAGUUUACGUUGUUACCUGCAGUGAACACUUUGCCAUCAUAUUUUAUUUCCUAAUAAUGGGGCCUAGCCUAAGAAACUGAAUGCUAAGAUGAAGAAGUGCGAUUCUGUCCUUUGAGCUUCAUGGCAAAGACUAUGAAUACUUAUAUAUACAUGUGAUUUCUCAACAUUUUGUUAGUUUAGCACAUUGAAUUUGGAGAGAAAAAAUGAAGUCAAUCCCUUCUGCAGUAAGGUUGUAAAAUGUGGGGGGAAAGUGUGAAGCUCUGCGAAUACUUUUUGGAUGCACACAUAUGUGCACCAUUUGUUAAAACUGUAGUUGUGUGCCACAUUUCUGCUUGAAUUUUUCUAGUUCCUCACUUUUGUACACACUGUCUUGGAUACAUUUCACUUUUAAUAGUUGAAUAGUCUUUUGAAAAGGAACAUUGAAAAUGUACUUUAUUUUGGGACAGGUAAGGUAAAAACGUCUUGGCAUUAAAAGUGUAACACACUUUGAA